AUGGCGUCUUUAAGCAAGUUCACCAAAAAGAGUUCCUUCUUAUUUUUGAAGAAAAGUAGACUAUUUUCAACAAGUAGCAGCCCUUUGGUGGAUUCUCCAUCACUUGCACAAAGACUCAGAGAUCUGCCCAAAGAUCUUCCUGGAACCAACAUCAAGAAAGAAGUUUCUCAGCUCAUUGGAAGAACUCCCCUUGUAUAUCUUAAUAAAGUAACCGAAGGCUGUGGUGCUUAUGUAGCUGUUAAACAAGAGAUGAUGCAGCCUACCGCUAGCAUCAAAGACAGACCAGCAUUCGCAAUGAUCAAUGACGCAGAAAAGAAAGGCUUAAUCACGCCUGGACAGACAACAUUGAUCGAGCCCACAUCGGGAAACAUGGGGAUCAGCAUGGCAUUUAUGGCAGCCAUGAAAGGAUAUAAAAUGGUACUGACAAUGCCCUCGUACACGAGCUUGGAACGAAGGGUGACGAUGAGGGCAUUUGGGGCUGAAUUACUCGUCACCGCUCCGCCCAAGGGAAUGGGUGGUACAGUUAAGAAAGCUUAUGGACUUCUUGAAUCCACUCCAAAUGCUUUCAUGCUUCAGCAGUUUUCAAAUUGGGCUGAAUUAAUCGUCACCGAUCCGACCAAGGGAAUGGGUGGUACAGUUAAGAAAGCUUAUGGACUUCUUGAAUCCACUCCAAAUGCUUUCAUGCUUCAGCAGUUUUCAAAUCCUGCCAACACUCAGGUGCAUUUUGAGACUACUGGUCCUGAAAUAUGGGAGGAUACUAACGGUCAAGUUGACAUUUUUAUUAUGGGAAUCGGAAGUGGAGGCACUGUCUCGGGUGUUGGACAAUACCUAAAGUCCAAAAAUCCCAAUGUUAAGAUUUAUGGACUUGAACCUGAAGAAAGCAAUGUACUCAAUGGUGGUAAACCAGGUCCUCACCAUAUUACUGGCAACGGAGUAGGAUUCAAACCAGAUAUUCUUGAUAUGGAUGUAAUGGAAGAAGUUCUUAUGGUUUCUAGUGAAGAUGCUGUGAACAUGGCUAGACAGUUGGCACUAAAAGAAGGGCUCAUGGUUGGAAUAUCAUCAGGAGCUAAUACUGUUGCAGCUCUUAGACUUGCUAAGAUGCCAGAAAACAAAGGCAAACUCAUUGUGACUGUGCAUCCGAGCUUUGGAGAACGAUACUUGUCGUCUGUUCUGUUUCAAGAGCUUAGGAAAGAAGCUGAGAAUAUGCAGCCCGUUUCAGUUGAUUAA